AUAAAGAAUCAGAUAAUGAAGUAAAUAGACCAGAUGAAGAAAUAAACGAUGAAGAACAAGAUAAUAAUCAAGAUAACUUAGAAGAAGAAUAUAAUAAUUUAUUCUUUACAAUUUUUGAUGCAAAACUUGAUAAU